UGUGACCAUAUGAUACAUUCUAAAAUCCACAACGAAUCUGAAUGAGUAAGAGAAGGCCUACUGUGUCAAAACACAGGCCUCAUCCUCCCGCCUUCUUUCCACACACCCAUUCCCAACGCCACACAAAUGGCGACAAUCUCCACAUGCUUCACCAUCACACCCACAUCCCGACUCCUCACCUUCACUUCUUCAACCUUUCACAAACCCUUCCCCAAACCCUUUCCGUUCCAACCCAACCGGAGAGUCAAUUUAAGGACUUCGGCUUUUGUACCAAAGGCCACCGUCGAUGUUAGCCAAGCGAUCAGGCCGGGCGGGGUUGUGGAAACAGAUAAGAUUCCUACUGAUGUCAGGAAACGAACUAUGGAUGCUGUUGAUGCUUCUGGAGGGAGGGUGACUAUUGGUGAUGUGGCGAGUUUGGCUGGGCUUAAGUUGAAUGAAGCUCAGAAAGCACUUCAAGCUCUUGCUGCUGAUACUGAUGGGUUCUUAGAGGUUUCUGAGGAAGGUGACAUUUUAUAUGUGUUUCCCAAAGAUUAUCGGCUAAAGCUUGGUGCCAAGUCAUUUAAGAUUAAAGCUGAACCAUUUUUUGAAAAGGCUAAGGGUGCUGGAGAAUACUUGAUAAGGGUUUCUUUCGGGACAGCACUUAUUGCAUCCAUUGUAAUUGUUUAUACUGCAAUAAUUGCUCUUCUAACUAGCAGCCGAAGUGAGGAGGACAAUCGCGGAAGACGUGGGGGCAGAUCAUAUGAUUCAGGAUUCACUUUCUUCUUUAGUCCAACAGAUUUAUUCUGGUACUGGGAUCCAUAUUACUAUAGGAGGCGAAGAGUACAAGUUGAUGUUGGUGAUAACAAAACGAACUUCAUUGAAUCAGUCUUCUCCUUUGUGUUUGGAGAUGGUGAUCCCAAUCAAGGAAUUGAAGAAGAAAGAUGGAAGUUGAUUGGGCAAUACAUAGCAUCUAAUGGUGGUGUUGUUGCUGCUGAAGAACUUGCUCCAUAUCUUGAUAUAGAUUCUACGGAAAGAAUUAAGGAUGACGAAUCCUAUAUAUUACCGGUGCUUUUACGAUUUGAUGGUCAACCUGCAGUUGAUGAAGAGGGAAACAUUCUAUACAGGUUUCCAUCUCUUCAGAGGACAGCUUCUCAAAAGAGUAAUAGAAAAGAAUAUGUUGGAAAAAGAUGGGCAAGUUGGGUUGGAGGAGUUGAGAAAUUUUUUGAGGAGAAAAAAUGGCAAUUCAGCAAAACUUCGUCGUCGGAGAGAGCUAUGGUCAUUGGUCUGGGUGGCCUUAAUCUCUUUGGGGUUAUUGUUCUCGGAACCAUGUUGAAAGAAGUGGCAGUUAGACCUGAUAGCUUCAUUAAAUUUGUUGCUGACAUAUUUCCUAUCCUUCAGAUUUAUGCUGGUUCUUUCUUUGCAAUUCCUUUGGUUCGGUGGUUUUUUGUUCGGAAAAGGAAUUCCAACAUUGAAAAGAGAAACAAAGUUAGGCAGCAGUGUGCACGAGUUCUUGAAUUGCCUGACAUUUCAUUGACGCAGAAGAUUUUCAACGCCCGGGACAUGGCUCAAAAGACAGUGAUAGGGCAGGAUCAAAUUGUGUAUAGUACUGACAAGGACUUUCUUGAGCAAGAAUUUGAAGCUAACGAAUGGGAUAAAAAAUUUCGGGAGCUAGAGAGAUCUGAUUGAGAAGGGUUAACUGUUAUAUGGGUUAAACAGUUUAACCGCUACAUAUAUGAAUUAUGUAUUUCAGUGUUACAUGGGUGGCAAUUGGAUGAUCACAGUAGAAUUUUGCUGCUUCAAUGAUAAUGGAGUCAUGUGCAUGAAAAUUUCAGGCUCCUUGUAUUUAUUUACAUUUUAGCAGAGCCUAGGCUGCAUAGCAUUUGCUUGUGUAUCAUAGUUUUAGUUCAUCUCUUUUAGAUUUUGACCUAUACAAGACUAAUAGUAAAGGUUUCAGUAGGAAAAACAAGAUUCAAUGUAAUACUUGGUAUAAUGGGCUUUAUAGUUUUUUUCGCCUGAUUAAUGCAGAAGUUCUUAUUGUGCAAA